AUGAGUCAGGAAUUUUUUGAACUCACUAAAAAUUAUGAUACUUACAAAGAGAGCAAUGAUUCUCUUGUGGAAAAGCUGGAAGCAUGCAUUCAACAAAAUAAGAAUACCAUUGCUAAUGGGAAAAUUGUUGAUAUUCCAAAUGAGAAUCCCUAUGAAAAACUUUCAAAUGCAUUCUUUUUGUUAUACAAUUGUUUAUCAACUGAUAAAAUUCCAAAUAUUCAAUCGCUGAUAUCAAUCACACAAAAUUUAGCUAAAAUACAACGUGAAAAUCAAUUAAAUGGACGUCGAGCAAUUCGACAUUUACGACGAUUUUUCAUAGCCGAAUAUAAAGAAUUAAUGGAUGAAAGAGCAAAACUGGAAAAAGUACGUACAGAUAUGGAUCGUAUGAAACAUGAGGUAAAAAUAGCGAAUACAACAGAAAAAAUUGAAAAAUAUGCUAUACUUUAUGAGCAAGCUGUUGAGGAAUUUGAUGGACAAGCACAACGUACGAUCAUUUUACUCAAUGAAUUACCCAAAAUUAAAACGAUUCAUUUGGUAUGA